CCUAUUCCCUGCACCUUCAUUUGUUGAGUGGACUUUGUACUGUGCACAACUUGGAAACAAUAACAGGACCCCAGAUUUCGAACCCUGCCUAAUUUCAAAUUUGAGGAAAAACGUAGAUCAAGAUGAAGGGAGUUUUUGUCGCAAGUGUUCUUUCGGCUGUUGUGCUAAGUGUUUUUGCCUCUUCCAUCCAGUUGCCAAACUCAGGUGAGGUCGAGGGAGACGUUGUUUCAUACAAUCAAGAUGCCACACAAAUUGUUCCUGAAGUACACGGAAACAGGAUGAAGAGAUCACCACUCGAUCCAAUUGUCGCCCCAUUGAUCAUUGGAAAGUCCUUCUUGUAUGGAGCCCUUCUAGGCCCCAAGCUUUUCCGACCUCGUUACUACUACCACCCGAAACCCCAAUAUCAUCAUUAUGGUCACGGAUAUGGGUGGGGAUGGGGGUGGAAGUAGAUCCAGAGCUUAAUCAUUAUAAUAAACCAUACGCUCUUUGCUGACGGAAAUGUCAGAGACCAAAUCUUAAAAAAAUAUUUUGUAAGUGAAUUGUAAAUGAAAAAAUGACAGCACUUGUACAAAGCUACCCAUUUUCUCAAAAAUAAAUGGUGCUCAUUUACACCACGAAAUUGGUACACUAA